AUUGCUAGUUUCACAGGUAAACGGUCUUUCAGCCGUUUACAUAGCAUGCUGAAAGAUGGAAUGUCAAGAGAUGGUCGAAAGAUGUCGCCUCUGCACGUAACACUGAAAGCGGGUGUAAAGCCUGCCACAGUAGUCUCUUUUUAGGUUUUGGCUCCAUAGCUGGCAACAACACAGACAGUCAGCUCAAUUUUAAUUUAUUCAUAAGAUGUGAAUAACGGGAGGUUGCGGUGGACGCAGACGUCCGUGACAAAGUUUUUUAAGGCUGGCAGUUGCUUGCGUUCCGCAGAACAUGGCGAUCUACGCGUUCAUAAAGGCUAAAAGGAAAAGUUAAAGACUUUUUGACCGGUGACUUGUCGAAGAAGUAUUGAUGGCUGCCGCAGAAAACGUUCGUUGUAAUUUAAGUGUGGAAGAAAGAAUACAUGCCCCACAUCCAACCACAAGUACUUUCAGAGCAAGCAGCGCCCGUCUCGAGAUUCUUCAUCAGUGUCGCCAGUACUCAGAUGAUUUUCAGUUUAACCAGUCAGAUGGAUUCCCACUAUCCCCAUGUGUGUUCCAGGCCCCCAACCCCUUUGUCGUAGUGCAAUUUGUCGUGGCGGUCGUCGACGAAGACACUGGAGAAAUCUGGGCCUGCAACGCGACACCAGAAAAACACCAGAUAUAUGUGACGAGGGAUGGGAUGUUCCGGAUUGUACCGGAAGUGGAGCCAUAUGCUUGGAUGUUAGCUCGCGACAUUGACUGUAGAAAAAAGUCAGUUCCGCCCUAUGCUGGCAACUUGACUUUCAUGUUACCUUUUGAACAUGAAAAGCCCUCUCACCAUUUGGUACGAAUCAAACUGUGCCAAGUUGCUGACUAUAAUUGCGAAGUUCUAGAUGAAGUUCGGUUCAGCAUUACGUCACACGAGAGGGGUACACAUUACAGCGACUUUCAGAGCGGGAGAACGGUCACGGAAAUAGAAAAGCCAAUCCCAAGGAUACAAAUGCAAGGGGUGUUGGCCACAAAACUGGGCCGAACAGUGAGGAUGCAUUUUGUGAAUCUCGGCGACAAUGGUCAAUACGAUCAGUUUCUGAGAGACAGACAGAAACUUGUUGAGCGAGUUGGCGGAAUAGUGAAGUUUGAGGAUCUUCUGCUAGCUGUUGAGCUCGAGGUAAGGACAAAAAGUACAGAACCUUUUUGUUAAGUCCUUCUAAAUCUUCGCACUUGAGACAGUGAAAUCCUAGUGACAUGAUCAUUUUUAGUUUACUCAGAAUUCAUAGCUCACCUUGGAAAAUGGUGAUAUCCUCUAGGGCUGUCUGAGAAAACGCAAAAAAUGAAAACGCCGACACAAGUGAGAGGCUGGAUGCCGUUGUGUACGAAAGAUUUUAGAAAUUUUAGAAGAUCCUUGGUUCUAAUUUUCUACAGAAAGCAAAAAAAGCAAAAUCUUUCACCGUGUUUGUUUACUUCUCAAUGAGCCUCCACCCCAGACAAUCCCAUAAUCGGUCGCAUGGCCGAUCUCGAUCUCAGUCUUUCCAACGUGAGAUAUUCAAGUGACGCAGGUUCGUCAAAAUCAUUUCAUUCUCAUCACCUUCGAUAAUGACUCUUCAACAUUUAACUUAAGGUGGCUCAAAACAGU